CUCAUCAUGCAUCAAGACUUGUAUGACAAGUUUUUACAUCUCCAAGAUGGCAAGAGAAAAUAAAAACAAGAACUCUGUUCUUCAGUCAGAGGUGUCACACAGAUGCAGUCUGCUUUGUCUUGGUCGUCUGAACUUCCACCGUCAGGCUGUGGGAGAAAAGGUCCGCUUGAAUCAUGGAGGUCGACUCGCAGAGAAGACUGAGAACACCUUCAAGAAUGGGCUGGUGUUCAGCAACCGUCCAGUGAGAGUCCAGGAGAAGAUUCAUCUGAGAGUGGAGAGGGAUUCGAUCAACUGGCAGGGAGCUCUGCGUGUGGGCUUUACCACUGUGCCACCCUCAGCCAGAUCUCUGCCCCUGCCCUGCUUGGCCAUCCCCAACCUCACUGACAAACCUGGACACUGGGCUGUGCCUGUAAAUGAAUCCUACUGCCAAGCAGGUUCAGAGCUGGAGUUUUGGGUUUCUCAUGGUGGCAGCAUAUACGUAGCUGUCAACAACAGGCAGCACAAGUGGCUGACAGGAGUGGACCUCAGCCAGCCUCUGUGGGCCAUGAUAGACAUUUACGGGAAGACGCGCUCCAUUUUACUCCUAGGCUCCAAAAAAACAAAGCUCCUUUGCACUAGAAGAUCCUGUCCUGCACCCGAACCGCUCAUCUCACCUGAUUCUUACAGUCACUUUGGUUCAGUUCCUGAUGUUUCAGACUUCAGACCUGAUGACUGCAUGUCCUGUCUUGACAUGGAAAUCCCAGCAGAUAACGUCUGUGUGGUGUGCAUGGUGAAGGAGGCCAGAAUCACACUGCCUUGUGGCCACCGGUGUUUGUGUAAACACUGUGACUCCAGAGUCUGUCAAGAGUUUGGCACCUGCCCACUGUGUCGACACAAGAUCAGAGCUCCAUCAGUAAAGGAGAGGCGGUUUAUAGACGUCUAAGCUCUGACACACCAGCCAAGAAUCACCAAAUAUAAACUACCGACACACAGUGAAUGGCCCUUAGUAUGACGCUUUGUCAUGUUUGGCUUUUCUGUUUUGUUAAACAUGUAAAAAUUUCAGAGUGAUGAAAUAUCCUCAAAUUCAUGUAAAGAUGUCAAACUGGACUAUUUUUUAUGUAAAUACUGCAAUUAUGUCAGUAUGUGACAAGACAAAAUAUUGCACUAAGUGCAAAAUAUGUAUGUAUGUGAAUAUGUAAAAUAGCAUUAUAACAAAAUUUCUGUACAGUAUAUUUUAUAGUUUGGUGUAAAUCUUAAAGAGAUGUUUGAUUUUCAUAAACUUGUUUUGUCUUAAAAUUGUUAUAGUGUUAGUGCUUAGACAAUGGAAAGAA